GUGUGGUAUUUGGGUGCAGUAAUGUGCCAAAGCAGGGGGUCUCCCUUCAUGAAUUUCCCGUUUCAAUGAAGGAGAGGGAGGCAUGGAAGCGGUUCGUGUGUCGGACGAGGGACGGGUGGAAUGGACCAACAAAUAACUCAACAAUAUGCAGUUACCAUUUUACUGCCGAAAGUUUUGUCAACUUAAUGCAGGUGGACAUGGGACUUGCCAAAAAUCUUUUUCUCAAAAAGGAUGCUAUCCCAUGUGUGUACCCCGAAGGGACAUUCCACAGCCAGGCUGCAGCCACACAUACUCCCCAACCCAGCAGUGCAAUGCGAAAAAGACAGGUUUUACAGCCCGCUGGUCUAGCCGUGGAUCGGUCUGGAUCCUCAAAGAAAGAGGAACUGGAUCCAGCAAGCGACGGAGAGGAAAAGUCAGAUGGAGUCGAGGAGGUACCAGGCAGGCUGGCCCCUCCAGGCACAGAGGCGAUGCUCAAUGGCAAUGAGCAUGACGACACAAGGCACAAGAACCUGACAAAUAGCAACAAUAAGACUGCACUGUUGGUGAAUGAGAAUGGUACGUCGGACACAGAGCCCCCCCACGGUUCUGUCACUGGAAGCAACGGAUUCAUUCUGGCGAAGCAGCAGCAGGACGGCAGCACAGCUGCAGUGAACCCUGCGUCAGGAGUUUCCCCUCACAGGACUAGCUGGUCGCCUUUGGGCCAGGCAGGAGGGGGACCCAAAGCCAAACCCGCCCCCACCACUCUGUCGGGGUGUGGGCGGGACCCAGGCGCUCUAAGGACUGCCGCCGGUACGGGGACCACAUCGGAACAGGGAACGUCGGACAUUAAAAAUGGCACAGUUUCCAGUCCCAGCCCAUCUUCAGCUCCUGUUACUGUACACAGAGCACGCAAGACCAUGUCCAGACCUGCUGUCAGCCCGGCACAGAAGCUUCUCAACAAGGAGCUGCGCGAGGCAAAGAACGCCAAAAUGGAGGCUAUUUGUGCAGCGGACACACAGCAUUUCUCCACUCGGUCUCAUCUACCUCAGAAUCCACCAGAUACACCAUCUUCAGAACAAACGGCUCCAUUAUUUCCACCAGCAGUUACUGCAGAACCGGCUGCUCCUUCGGCUGCUUCCAAGCUCCAGCUAGGGGCAUUCUCGUCAGGAUUGUCAUCUCGUAAAAAGAAGAGGAGGAUGGGAACGUACAGUCUGGUUCCCAAGAAGAAAACCAAAGUGCUAAAGCAGAGAACUGUACUGGAAAUGUUUAAGGAACUGCAGCAGUCUGCAAAAAGCCCCCAGACUAAAGACGUAAAUGGGGAAAAAGUAGGAAAUGCAUCUGAGGAGGAAGAGUCAGAAGACAUGGAGUCAGAGGAAGAGGAGCGACGGCGGGCACAUCAAACUCCUGCAGAGCAGAAAACAUCUGAACCCAAUGAGAAGGUGAAGGAGGAGCACGAGUCUGACGAGUCUGGGGAAGAAGAGGGAGAGGAGGAGGGCACAGAGUCGGACUUGUCCGUCUACCCGCCUCAGAGCACCGAGUCUGCUUUGAAGAAAAGGCUGAAGAAGAAAAACAAGGUCGACAGCGCUUGGCUCCGGCCGUCCAGGAAAAGGAAGAGGAGGAUGAAGACCAAAGUAUUAGGUGUCCCAUUGCAAGUGGCCUUGGAAAUCUUAACACCGGUUCCUGCUCCAGACGGUCUGGAGGCAGGGGGUCAGCCCCCAGUGUCCCACCCCACUCGUCCACACGGUGACAAAGAGUACACACACAUCGUCCCCCCAGAGGCCUUCAGCCCCAACAGAACGUCACAAAGCAAAGCUCCGGUGGUGGAGGAGGCGCACGAGCUUCCGCUCUGCAGCUGCCGCAUGGAGACCCCAAAGAGUCGAGAGAUUCUCAUCCUCGCUGACAGGAAGUGCAUGGCUACGGAGAGCGUCGACGGUCAGCUCACCCGCUGUCAAAGCGCUGUCAUGAAGCACGAAAUGAUGCGACCCUCCAACUCCGUUCAGCUGCUGGUUCUGUGUGAGGACCACCGCAACGGCAUGGUGAAGCACCAGUGCUGUCCGGGCUGCGGCUUCUUCUGCAGAGCAGGAACCUUUAUGGAGUGCCAGCCAGACGUCAGCAUCUCCCACCGUUUCCAUCGAGCGUGCGCCUCAGUGCUGAAGGGUCAAAGCUUCUGUCCGCACUGUGGAGAGGAGGUCACCAAGGCCAAGGAGGUCACCAUCGCCAAGGCGGACACCACCUCCACGGUGCCCUCAGCCGCCGUGCUUGGAUCGGCCCCGCUCAGCGCUCCCGAAGGCCGAGCAGACACUACCACCGACAGCUCCGUGAGCUUGGCGGUUGGAGCUGAAGCUGGAGGGAAGGCUGACAGCUCUAUUUCCCUUCCUUCUGCUCCGGGACUCAACAGCUCUGCUGUUCCUGGUUCAUCCAGGAGCACAUCUCUGCAGAGCGACAGCGGAUCAGCAGCGUCACCUACACUCCUUCAGGGAGCACCCAGAGAAACUCUGGAGAGCGUCCUGGUGGCUCUGGACACAGAGAAGCCGAAGAAGCUGCGGUUUCACCCCAAACAGCUGUAUCUCUCUGCCAAGCAGGGAGAGUUAAAGAAGGUGGUCCUGAUGCUGGUGGAUGGCAUUGACCCAAACUUCAAAAUGGAGUCUCAAAACAAGCGCACACCUCUGCAUGCAGCAGCCGAGGGGGGGCACAAAGACAUCUGCCACAUGCUGGUUCAGUCUGGAGCAAACUUGGACAUGUGUGACGAAGACCAGCGGACUCCGCUGAUGGACGCCUGUGAGAACAACAACAUGGAGGUUGUGCUGUACCUGCUGAGAGCCGGAGCCAGUGCCAACCAUAAGGAUGUAGAAGGGUUCACAUGUCUCCACCUAGCUGCAAAGUCAGGUCACUACAAGAUAGUUCAGCACCUUCUGUCCACGGGCCUGAUCAACAUCAACUGUCAGGAUGAUGGAGGCUGGACGGCGAUAAUCUGGGCCACCGAGUACAAACACGCCGACCAAGUGAAGCUGCUGCUCUCCAAAGGAGCUGACAUCAGCAUCAGGGAUAAGGAAGAGAAUAUUUGUCUUCACUGGGCAGCAUUCUCUGGCAGUGUAGACAUCGCUGAGCUGCUGCUGGAUGCCAGCAGCGAUCUGCAAGCAGUCAACAUCCAUGGAGACUCUCCUCUGCACAUCGCUGCACGGGAGAACCGCCUGGACUGUGUCACACUUUUCUUGUCUCGAGGAGCAGAUGUGUUUCUGAAGAACCGUGAGGGAGAAACUCCUCCAGACUGCUGCAGCCACAGCUCCAAGGCCUGGGCGGCUCUGCAGGCCAGCAGGAGGGACAGGGACGCCAGGAACGCCAGGCUCAACCAGCCGGAGCAGAAGCUCCUUCACAGAGACAUUUCUUUAGGACAGGAAAGAGUUCCCAUUCCAUGUGUCAAUUCUGUCGACAACGAGCCCCACCCCGAAGACUACAAGUACAUCUCUGAAAACUGCGUCACGUCCCCUCUGAACAUCGACCGCAACAUUACACACCUACAAUACUGCGUUUGUAAGGAGGACUGCUCCUCAAGCAUCUGCAUGUGUGGACAGCUGAGUCUGCGCUGCUGGUAUGACAAGCACGGCUGCCUGCUGCCCGAGUUCUGCCGGGAGGAGCCCCCCCUCAUCUUUGAGUGCAACCAUGCAUGCUCCUGUUGGAAGACCUGCAAGAACCGCGUGGUCCAGAAAGGACUCAGAACCAGACUGCAGCUUUUCAGGACAAGGAAAAAGGGUUGGGGUGUCCGGGCGCAGCAGGACAUACCAAAGGGGACCUUUGUCUGCGAGUAUGUGGGUGAGAUCAUCUCUGAAGCAGAGGCAGACAUGAGGCAGAUUGACGCUUACCUGUUCAGUCUGGACGAUAAGCCUCAAGACCUGUACUGCAUCGAUGCCCGUUUCUAUGGCAACAUCAGCCGCUUUCUGAACCACAUGUGCGAGCCCAACUUGUUUGCUUGUCGAGUGUUCACCACACACCAGGACCUCCGUUUCCCACACGUUGCCUUCUUUGCCAGUGAAAACAUCAAGGCAGGGGAAGAGCUCGGAUUUAACUAUGGCGAUCACUUCUGGGAGGUCAAAAGCAAGCUGUUCAGCUGUGAAUGCGGCUCCCCCAAGUGUAAGUUCUCCUCUUCAGCCAUGGCGUCCCUGCAGGCCGACAGCACCCCCGAGGACCAGCAGCAGCCCAGCGCCUCGCCUGACACCAGCUCUUCCAGCAGCCCCUCCUAAAACCAACCCCCCCACACACACUACGUUUGGCAGGCGGGGGCUCCUGACCCUAAGUGAGCUCGUACUGUAUCCGCCUCUCCUUGAUGGCGUUGGACCGCCGACCUUCAUGAGGACGGAGACGCUUUCACACAGAUGCACAAUCAAAUCCUGGAGGAAGUCGGAGCUGAUGAAGAGCAUCACGCACAGAAACCGUCUGUACAUUUCACACUCGCCUGUGCUGGCAGGGCACCUGUCUUUUUGUCUUCUUACGUUAAGAAAAUGAGCUGACUUUGCUGCGAUCCAGGAGUUCGGAGGCGUUUCCGGAGCCAGCCGUCCGCGCUCGCCGUCUUUUACCACGAACCAUUCCAGCAAGAUCAGCUGAUCACUGUUGAAUACGUUGCCACUUUGGUCUCUUCUCAUCUUCUUUGUUGUGAUUGGAGACUUGUGGGCGAUCAGGGUUGACGGAUUGAAACCGGCAAAGAAGUUUAGCAAAGGGUCGACUCUGAAAAAAAAAAUUUGAAAAUGGUGGUUUUUUUUGUUUUUUUUGCAGACUUUUUCUCCGAAGUUUGUAGUCUGCAUUCAUUGGCUAAGCAUUUUUUUAUGAAAUCCUUUGGGGUGGGGGGGCUGAAAUGUGUCAUAUAUUUAGGGCAGUACUGGAGGAACUAAAUGACGAAACUUUCUAAAACAUCAACAAGACCAUGGUGCUGACAAAGGUUUUUACUUUUGUUUUCAUUUUUAUUGUCCAAGUGAACAUAGUUUGUAAAAUAAGAGAACGUUUUUAUGUUUUUUAUGUUUUAAUUUUAUCUCCAGUUUUCUAAUCGUAGUUAUCCUGGUCGGGUUUUCAUUUUUCAUCUUGAUUUUGCAGACAGAAGCCAAACUGUCCUUUUAACUGUUGUAGGAAACAGAGUUUGCAGGUGGAAGACGGGAGGGGCGGGGUUAGAAAUGCACUUCCAUGAUGUUCUGUUACAUUAUUUCUGAACAGUGAACCAUCCAUCUGAUUGGUUGUAUCUUUUUCAAUAAAUUUAUUACUAAUGCAUCUA